AUGUAAAAAUAAAAAUAUAAAGACUCAAGAAGUUCACUAUAUUUAUAUCAAAUUUGGUAAACAUAGAACAAAAUUUUCUGUAAUGGAAAAUUAUUUACUGGGUAUAUAAAUGUAUUAAAUAAAUUAUAGAUCUGAAAAUCAUAAAUUAUUAGCUAGUGUUAGUUUUAUAACAAUUCCUUCAAUUCUAUUUUAUAUAUUUAUGUCACCUGUAAACGAUAUGAAAAUAUUAGGAAUUUGUGAAAACUGGAUAAAAUGGAUAUACAGUUGUAUUUGUGUUAAUCUAAAUAACUAUUUAUGUUUUUCUUUCAAUCACAGUUUGUAUGGAUCCGGGAAUAAUUCCAAAAAUAGUAAUAAUUAUAGAGAUAAAAGAGACCUGAAUAUGAAAUGAAUGAGGAACUACUUAAUGUACCAUAAAAAUAUUCAAAGAUAGAUUAUAGGUUUAUAAUGGAUUCAAAAAUGUUUACAAUAUAAGCUCACUAAUUUAAAUUAAAGUAUUGUUCAACUUGUAUAUAUAUAAUACAAUUUAGGCGCAAUCUAUAGACCAGCUAGAGCAUCUCAUUGCCCUUAAUGUGAUAAUUGUGUUGUUAGAUUUGAUCAUCAUUGUCCUUGGAUUGGAUAAUGUAUAGGAAGAAGAAACUACAUUUAUUUUUAUUUUUUUAUCAUGUCGGUCUCUUUUAAGUUGAUUUUUGUAUUUGGAGUAUGCCUCUCUUAUAUUGUUGAAGAAUCUAAAAAAAGAUCAACAACUAUGGAUACAUCAGAAGCUAUAUCACAAACAUUAUCUAAUAAUCCUGUAAGUAUUAUACUUGUAAUUUAUUCUUUUGGAGUAACUAUUUUUAUUUUAAUUAAUAGUUUUCUUGUUUUGUUGUGGGUCUUUGGUUCUUUCAUACCUAUUUAGUUCUCACUAAUAUGACAACUAACGAAUAUUUAAAAAAACAUUGGAUUGUGGUAAGUAAAAAUCCAUUCAGAAGGUACUUAAUUUAAUAAUAGAUAGAUAAAAUAUUUUCAAAAAUAUUGUUAAUGUACUUACUUGUAUAACUUAACUAAAAUUUUUAGAAUUAAAAUAGUGCAUAUUUGACCCAAAGGAAAAUGUACAGGUAAAUUAAUUUUCUUUAUUUAUUAAAAGAGUCCUAUUAACACUUAAAAUCAUCUAAAUGAAGUAAAUGAUUCUUCAAAAUACAAAGAAGAAGAUAAGAUUCAGCAACAAUAAAAUAUACAAAUUCUAACAGAAUUAAAACCCUGA